CCGAGUGCUCGACCAGCUCCGUGUGUGGACGCGGUUGCAGCUGUGAACUGCUUGGGUUCCGGUUCCGGUUGUUUUUUCCCUGGAAAGCAUGGGUCUUCCCGCGCAGAGUUCCACAUGCAGAUCUGGUCCAAAAGGUCCACAAUGUCCGCGGAGACGGCUGAGGUGGAGGGCACGUCCCAGACCCAGUCCACUAUGUCCCCCUCUCAGGUGAGGUCUCAGUCCCAGUCUCAGCCAGGGUCCGGUUCGUCCAGCGGGCCCACUUCAGGCAGUCAGUCUUCCAGCGGGUCUGGGACUCUGAGCAGCGUGGACACCAUUCCUGUCACACUCGCUUCUGUCCCGGAGGAGCAAGAACCAGAACCACAACCCUGGGGCCGCCUGCUGCCCAUGGCCAAAGGCUUCAGGAGCCACGACUGCAUUGCGGACCAGUACCUGUUUGGACGGGAUUCCACAUGUAACUACGUCCUGGAUGACCCGGAAGAGAGGGGUUCCAGAAAGUUCAGAAUCUACAGCAAGAAACACUUCAGGAUCUUCAGAGAGGACUCUCAGGUCUUUGUGGAAGAUCUCAGUAAUAACGGUACCUUUGUGGACGGUCUUCUAGUUGGUAAAAAUAAGAAACUUCCUCUGGUCAACAACGCCGUCCUGUCUCUGGCCGAACAGCGAAACAGAGUGUUUGUUUUCAUUGAUCUCAUGUCAGACGAUCAGUCCAGUCUCCCCAAAGACCUGCAGGAGAAGUAUCUGCUGACUCGGCGAAUUGGCGCAGGUGUGUGUGGGGAGGUGCGGCUGGCCUUCGAGCGAUCUACCUGCAGGAAGGUCGCAGUCAAGGUCAUCAACAAGAAGAACUUCCAGUCAGAGGGGACUGCCACACGGAACGCAGAGACAGAAAUCAAGAUUCUGCAGAGGGUCGACCACCCUUGUCUAAUAAAGACGGAGGACUUCUACCAGACAGAGGACAGUUACUUCAUCGUCCUCGAGAUGAUGGAGGGGGGCGAGCUCUUCAAUAAAGUCAAGUCUCAGCAGCAGCUCAAGGAAUCUGUGGCCAAACUCUACUUCUACCAGAUGCUCUGCGCCGUCCACUACCUCCACAGUAACGGGAUCAUCCACAGAGACCUGAAGCCGGAGAACAUCCUGCUGUCCUCCAACGAAGACGUAUGCCUCAUCAAGGUGACGGACUUUAACCAGUCCAGGAUCCUGGAAGAGGCUGCCCUGAUGCGGACUCUGUGUGGGACUCCAUCCUACCUGGCUCCUGAGGUCUUCACCCACGCCAACACCACCGGCUAUGGCCUGGCUGUGGACGCCUGGAGCCUCGGGGUCCUGCUCUUUGUCUGUCUGAGCGGCUACGCCCCGUUCCACGAGAAAUUUGGGAACCAUUCUGUGUCGGAGCAGAUCAUUCGAGGAGAGUUCACUAUGGUUCCCUACAAGUGGAAACACAUUUCAAACCAAGCAAAGGACAUGGUGAGGAAGCUGCUGGUGGUCGACCCCAAAGAGAGGAUGAGCAUCGAUGAAGCUCUGCAGCACCCCUGGCUACAGGAUCAGGAAAUGCUGGCGACGGCUAAGAGGCUCAUGUACCCAAACGAUGCUACCCACGAUCCAGCACCUGUUGCCAUGGUAACCCCGACACAGCAGGAGGCGCUUUCGGCAUCAGGGGACACCAGCCACAGAAAACGAGAACGGGAAGAAGACGACGAGGAGCAUCCUGCUAAGCGUAGCCAAACUGUCCAUUAGCUGCUGUAAAUAUUCUUUGUCCCAGUUUCAGUUAUAAAAUAAAGUUCAGCCCGUUCACUUUA